AAGAUGUUCUAGCACAUAUAAGUCCGAAACUGUUUGCAACGUGGUUUCAAACUGGUCAUACGCAACUGCGAUAUACAUCAAACUAGUUUCAAACCAUCCCAAAAUUCCUGCUAGAACAAACCUAUUAUUAUCUAUUUCUAUUCUGAUUCCGCUAUAUUUUUCUACCCUUAGAACUUGCGUACCGUGAGUAAUAACAUAUAUCUGGUGAUUUCUACAUCAACAAAUUAUGCAAAAACAUUCAUCGGCAAAGGGGUGGCCCCUUGCUGCACCACGACGUCCACAACAGCAAAAGACAGAUGGAAGAAGAACCGAUUCACGAUUCACCCCCACCGUCCGUCGUCGUCUGACGCCGCGACGGCUCGGCCGUCCUGUCCUGCGUCGAAGCGCCCCGACGAUGGUGCGUCGGCAACGCGCCGGCCGGCACUUGAUCCGUCAAGUCAGUCCAGUGUCGCUCCGACUGUCGCCGACGCUGUUUUCAUCGAAAAACGCGCGCGCCGCCGUCUCCCGAGCCGUCGCGGAUUGUCGUGCCGCCUUUUUGCCGCCCUUAGCCGCCGCCGCCCUGCCAUGGGCCUUCGGCCGCCCGCCGCCCUUCUCGGCUAGAUCGCCCCAGCAUGGCCCUGCUCACCUGGACGCUCAUCGCGGUGUUCCUGCUGUGCAGCAGCCACCGGCAGCUGACCCAAGUUAACGGCUUGGGGUCAGUAGCCGGCUCUCCCGGCCCUCCGCUUCAGUCAAUGGACCUGCUAGCCUCAAUGGGACUGUCAAACGUAUCGUGGCCGGGGGUGUCUUUAGCCCCCGGUUUUCUUAAAGGCAAACCCGCUUAUUUAUUAGAAGGAAAUCGCCAUGAUCUUCGUCUACCAGAAGACGCGUUUCGGGAAGCAGCCGCACUUCUGCAGCGAGGAUCCGAAUUUACUAUUGGUGCGUGGCUACGGCAAGAAGUUGAAAAUACGGGUACAAUAUUUAGCGUUUCAAGUGGCCCUAUUAGAUUUUUAGAGGUACAAUCAAGCGGCCGCAGAAACGAAAUUCGCCUACACUACACAUCUCUCCAAGACAGAAGGAUAUACAUGGAGAGCUUUCACUAUAGAUUAGCGGACAAUAUGUGGCACCAUCUAGCGGUCACUGUUAGUGGGUCACAGGUCGAAUUAUUGGUUGACUGUCAUCCGCUUUAUAAAACGGUCCUAAGGCCUGGACAGCCUGAUAGGAACGUCACUGAUCACCAUCAAAUUUGGAUCGGUCAGAGACAUAAUCAUUAUUUCUUUAAGGGUUUUUUACAAGACGUGAGAUUAAUAGAGGGCUCCCAUGGAGUCUUGGCUGUGUGUCCUCAAUUGGACGUGACCUGUCCCACUUGCGGACAAUUUUUGAGUGUUCAGACUGCUGUACAGAAUUUGGAGCGUAAACUCCUCGAGCUUUCCCAAAGGUUAGCACACGCUGAAUUGAGACUUACCAGGGUUGAAGAUUGUGAUUGUCAGAAAUCCUGUAAAACAAAUGACACCAUCCAUGCGGAUGGUUCCACGUGGCAAACUGGUUGUGAAGUGUGUUCAUGUAAGGGAGGUAAUAUAUCAUGCAAUCCAGUAGAAUGUGCACCCACAUAUUGUAAGAAUCCAAUAAAACUGGAUGGACUAUGUUGUCAGACAUGUUUGAAACAAUGCUAUUUCAAUGGUCAACUUUAUGACCACGACGAGGUGGUAACUGUAGAAAAAUGUAAAGACUGCAAGUGUAUCGAUGGCUCUAUGGACUGCAAGGUUUACGACCCCAAAGACUGCCCGGUAUUAAACUGCGCUCUGGAUCAACAAAUUCGAGUUUCUGGAAGCUGUUGCCCGAUCUGUAAAGGAGUCGAUUAUUGUGCCAAGGGUCAUUUCUGCCACUCUAACGCUACCUGCCGGAACUUACAAACAACUUACGCUUGUCAAUGUGAUCAAGGCUUCAGAGGGGACGGCCGGAUGUGUACUGACAUAGAUGAAUGCCAACAAGAAGGAGGUAGAGAAGGACACCACUGCCACUCAAACACUCGCUGCGUAAACACUCCUGGCUCGUACGAGUGCCAAUGUAUAGAUGGUUACGUGCGAGUGGAUCGGUUUAAUUGUGCAGAACUAGACGAAUGCUCAACAGGCGCACAUAAUUGUGAUUUAAAUGCUGAUUGUGUCAAUACUGAAGGCAGCUACAAGUGUCAAUGUAGAGAAGGAUAUGAGGGAGAUGGAUAUCAAUGCAGCCCGAUUUGCAUGCCAAAGUGUUUAAAUGGUGGUGUAUGUCUUAAGCCAGGACAGUGUUCUUGUCCAGGCGGUUAUACCGGCACAUCGUGUGAAAGAGAUUUGGAUGAAUGUGCUGCAAACGCACAUAGGUGCACAAAUUCUUCGACUUGUGUCAAUAUGAUGGGCUGGUAUUAUUGCAAGUGCAAACCAGGAUAUGAAGGCCCUGUACCAGAUAAUAAUCUUGGUACUUCUUGUAUAGAUAUUAACGAAUGUGACGAGUCACGUCAUACCUGUCACUCGACAGCUCAGUGCAUCAACAAGGAUGGCGGAUUCGAAUGCGCAUGUCCAAGUGGAUCCGCAGACUGUCGGUACAGCUGUAUAUUCGAAGAUGCCGAGGUUGCACAUGGCGUUAGUGUUUUAUCAAAAUUUAACCCUUGCUUAAGCUGUAGCUGUCAUAAGGGAGUAAUUACCUGCGAAAAACCAAAAUGUGACUGUAGCAAACCGCGUGCCGACCAUUGCUGUCCGCAGUGUGAUUCCCGAUAUGCUUGCAAACAUCAGGAGUUAAAUGAUGUUAUUUUUAUGCAUGGUGAAAAAUGGUCUUACCAAUGCCAAACUUGUGAGUGUCUCUACGGCGAGAUUGACUGCUGGGAACUAAAAUGUCCUCCACUUAUCUGUUCCAACCCCAUUCACUCGCCUGGGGAUUGUUGUCCCCAUUGCGGUGACCUCUGCUCCCUGGGGGGUAAUUACUCCUUAGGAUUGGGAAGAAAUUGCACUUUUAAAGAUGUUUUAUACCCGUCAGGUUCGGAUUUCUUAGAUCCGCAAGAUCCAUGUACCACUUGCAAGUGCAAGGACGGGGAGCUAUGCUGCAAUUUUAAUUACCAUUGCGGCGACUCUUCACCACGACCGAUGGGCUAUGACGGACUGGUUGCGUCCAAUAGCAAUGGGCCUGUAUCUCUUGUAUCGACAAAUAGUCCCGAUCAAUUGGCAACGACUCGCCAGAGCACUAGCACGAGCGCUGUCCGACGACCGAGACACUCUCCUUACCUUAAUUUACCUGCAACACCUCAAAUCGUAUCUGCGACAACUAAACCUCCUAAACACAUUAUCAAACGUAGCGCCCGUAUCGGUAGAUUUACGCGUAAUUCAGCUACGGCUAGUCAUGAACUUUCAAAGUAUGGUAGCGGUACUGACUUGUUUAGUGUUAGAUCCAUGGAAAGUGGCGACAAUUAUAGACAAUUCAAAAAAAUGUUACCCCCGGGUGGCUGAAGCCGGUCCCGAACAACUUAGGGGGAAAACAUUGUUAGGUGUUUCGUAGCAGGAAGUAUUCUGACGCAAAUAAUGGGUUCUCUUGGUCAAUUUUUGACAAUUGUUAGGGAGAAAAGGCUGAAAUGAGUAUUAUAACUAUUACUAAUUAUUACGCAGAAAAUUGUUUCUUAAAAAAAAAUAGCCAAUUUCGCAGAUUAUAGGUUAAUAAUAUUUUGCCCCCAAGUGGGUGUUGUUGAACUGAGCGUUUUAGUAGUGGUCGCUUGCCUAUGUGUCCAAAUAAGAUUUAUGCUGUUCGAUAUCAACGAAAUAAUAUCAUGUAAAUAGCUUUCCUAAUAAAAGCGUUCGUAAAGGGUUUUAAAUUAAUUCAUUAAUUUACAUUUUAAAAUAUAAUCAUAGCACUUAACUAUUUAGGAUUUAAGAAUAAAACACUAAUUGGAUUUUAUAUGCUUUGCAUGAGAGAUACAAUACAAACUUUCCAUUUUCUUAGAGUUCUUAAAGACAAUAAAACACAAUGAUUUCAGUUUGUAUUGGUUAGUCAAAGAUGAUGUGUGUUUCUCCCAUUAGGAGGCAUUAGUAAAUCUAUGGUUAAAAAUAAAACAAAAAAAAUCUUAUAUAAAUAAAAAUACUACUUGAAGGAUGCUCGAAGUUAAAAAUGUGAAAAAAAAAUUUCACCCAGUUUCAAGUAAAUUUAAAUUGGUUGGGCACCAAACUUCUAUGACGAAGUUCAAAUUUUAUAUUCAACUACAAAAUUUUAUAUCAUUUUAUUUCUUAUUAUAAUACACUGUUAUUAUUAUAUUUAUAUAUACUUUCUUAUCUUACUUUAUGUCGUAACUUUUCUAUAUUUUUGUUUUUAAAAAUCUGUCGCAAGUAGUUCCAUUAAUUUUUUUUUUAUUUUUUAGCUAAUUGUUGAUCCUUAUUAAAAGUUUUAAUAAGUAAAGUCCUUUAUGUUUGUUUUUAUUUAAAUAGUUAUUAAUAAUGUGAUUUUUUUGAUUGAUAAGUUUUACUUAUUUAGGUAACUUAUAUUUUUAAGAAUUCCUUUUCUUUAUAACUAUAGGUCUGAUAAUGUCCGUUAGGAGAUGAAACAUGUGUCACCUUUGAGUAAGACACAAUGGUUUUAGUCUAUAAUGGUUAAUCAAAAUUACACGUAUUUUGCCUACUCAAAUGCAUCAUAAUGAUCUAUGAUUAAAAGGAACAGAAAAAGAAACAUGUAUAAAAAAAAACAAAUUAAAUGAUUGUUUUAAGUUAAACGCAAUCUAGUCUAGGUUUGACCGCAGUUUCAAGCAAAUUUAUCGCAAAUUGGUUGGGCAAUAAAUUUCUAAGUCAUGGGUUCAAAUCUUGUAUUUAACAAAAAACUUGUUUACUUAUAAUUUAAUUUUUUAAUAAAAUUUUUCGGAUCACUUUAUAAAAUAACCUCUUUUAUUUGACUAUUUAUUAAAAUAUCUUACCUGUAGUUCAAUAAAUUUUUUCUAAAUUUGUUUUACUGUUUUUCUCUUCAUUUUAACCAUAAAUCCGAUAAUGUCUUCUAAUAGGCGAAACACAUCAAAUAUGAUUCUGAUUAACUAUUUUAAACUUAAAUUAUUACCCCUUGUCGCUUAUUUUAUUUUAAUUUUAUUGUAUUUAAUUUAUUUCCAAAUAAUUGUAAAUUUUAUUUUUUAGAUUUGUUCUAAAUUUAUCUGCUGAUAAUCGACUUGAUUCAUUCUUUUAAUAAAUUAAAGUACUCAUUUUUAAAAUCUGUAAUUUAAAAACUAUUUUCGUUUAAUUUUUUUAAAUUUUAUUUCUAUUUUUAUAUAAACUAGGCACAAAUGUCAUUAACAAUUAAAAUAAAUGUAGCUUAAUUAAUCUUUAAAUAAAGCCAAUUUCUAAAAAUAAAAAAAUUGAUAUUUUAAAUUAUUUUAAUAUAAAUUGAUAGAGCAAUGUAGUUGUUAUUAGAAAACUGUUAAAUAAUCAUAAAUAAAAUCGUUAAAGAUUAUGAUAUAUGCUUAAAUGGGAUAAAUAAUUUUACAAUUAGUUAACGGCUCGAAUAUAGUUAUGACAUAAUGACAAAAAAUUUGUAUUAAUUUAUAUACGAAUCCAAAUUUUACACAAAUAAAAAAAGGUAUAAGAGGCCCUCAAAACUAUUAUUUUACAAAAUAUUUGCAGUAUACCCAUUGUUACUCUAAGCACUUUUAAAAAUGUUUAAUUACCUUUAAAGAUUAUAUUUUGUUAGUAAAUGCAGGCUAAAUCUUGCACAAAUAAAAACAACUAAAGACAAUAAAAAAAUUUAACGGUACUCGAGUCAAACAAGUGAAGUUUUGAAAGAAAAAUUAAAAAUCGUUAAACUCUUGAACAUAAUUAUAGGAUCACUGAAUUGAAUCACUAUAGACCAAAUGUAACAUUUUAGAAACAGUAAACAAACAGACAAAAAACAAUGUCACGGUCUCAUAAGCAAAUUUUAUUGGCUACACGUGUUUCGCCUUAUAAGCAGGGUAUCAUCAAGCCUUAGGACCUACAUAUACACUGUAAAACUAACAAUAAUAUUAAACAAAAAAGUAAAUACAUAAAUAAAACUUAUUGUGUAGCCAAUAAAAUUUGCUUAUGAGACCGUGACAUUGUAUUUCGUUUGUUUACAUUUUGUGUGGUAUCUUGGAAAAAAUAGAUGAGGAUUUUAUGUUUAACAUUUUAGAGUUUUGUGUCUUAGCUGGAAGUUUAUAUUUUUAUUUAUAAGGAGUUUAAAGAUGAUUGCUCUUAAUUGAUCUAUUCUAUAUCUAAACUUUUACUCUGGGUCAUAACUUUGGCUUUAAUAAAUGCAUCACUUGCCUGUAUUCUGAAUUGUGAAAAAUCAGUCUUGCUCAGAAUCAUAAACUUUGAGGCCCAACCUUGUGCUUGUUUCAAUUACGCGAUUCGAUUAUUCAUAUAGAUCGUUUGCAUUAUCCACGAUUAUUACAGUAUCAUUUGCAGGUUCCACUACACAUUGAUAAUUAUGUGAAUGUCUUUACCAUCUAGACCCAGCUCCUUAAUGUUUAGUAUUAGGAGAUUACGUUCUACAUUGUCAAAGGCCCUCUCAUAAUCGCUGAAACAUGAAAACAUCCUUUCUUUCGUCCUGCCAAAUUUGGACCAAGAAAGAGACCUCUGAAUAUCGCUUCUCUUGUUCCACAACCAUUUUUAAACCUAAACUGAAUUCUGCCGCUAGCUUCUUUGCAUUUUUAUAGAGCCUCGUAUGCAAAAUUUGCAGAAACAGCUUCAAGAAAUGGCUCAUUAUAAGCUGGUAAUCUUUACAUGUGUAUUAUCCAUGUCAUAUUCAAAACACAACUUGAUUUCAUGAAGCUUCUGCAAUACACAUUGCUCCAGGGUUACAUUAUCCAAAUGAUGCCAUCUGCAAAAAGUAUUAUAUUUAAUAGUAUUAAUAUUCAACAGAGCAAAAUCAUGGUCCUAAAACUGAGCUUUGAGGGAUAUCUACAAUAAUCUUCUUUCAUUGAUUUCACAGAUUCUAACCAAUAAAUAGUCUUAACCAAUUUAAAAUUUUAACUAAAAUAGAUAACUAUAACAGUUUUCUUAAUUAUCCUAAGUUUUUAUUAAAUUAAAAGAAAAAGUGACUUAUCUCCAUUUAAGUUAUGCAUAAUUUAUAUGUUAUGUUUUUUACUUAUUUGAAGAAAAAAAGCGUAUAUGCUAAGAAAGUGAGUAUCUUACUAUAGUUUUUAAGUAAUAAAAUCGCUUUCCUAAAUAAAUAUAAUAACGUUACAGGAUGAAAAAUAAAAAUAAUAAAAAGUUAAUGUAUAAUAAAAAAAAAUUAAGCCUUAUAGAUAAUAAAAUUAAAUAAAGCAAUUGUUAUAGUUUGAGUUAUUUAAGCAAAUGCUUUUCACUGGGCUUAACUCUGUGAAAAAAAAACAAUUUACUAAAUCUAAGAUCAAAUAAAGGUGUAGCAUAAUACUUAUUUGGAACUAGUAGGUAUGAAAAGGUGUAGAUAGCAAAAUUGGUGCAUUUUACAACGAUUUUUUAUUAAGAUUCUUAACGUAUAGUACAUAAUAUUUGUAGAUAUGCCAUAAAUUAUAAUAAGGUAGUACAUGAAACUAAAUAGAAGAAGCAAAACGUUUGCCAUAUGUCUUAAACUUUUAGUUCCUAGACGACAAAAGAAUUUUGUAAAAAUUAUAAUUUUUUUUUAAUUAGGUGUCUUCGAGGUUAUAAUUAGUUUAGUUUUACGAAUCAAAUAAGAUUUGAAGUAGGUUUAUUUGUAAAAAAUACUUUUUAUAUAGGUCUUGUUCAGUGUUGACUUUUUGUAAUAACUUUGUAUGUUGUAAGUAAUCAAUUUGUGUAAAUAAAUAUUCUUAACUGGAUUUAUUUUAUAAAG